AUGCCUGUCCUCCAGGAGGACUGCACAGGGAAACUUCCGUGCCUGCAUGUCAAAGGGGAAGAUGAAGUUCUGGGUCUCCUCUGCUGUGGUACUUGGGGUACUGUUAAGAGUGUGCUGGAGAAAGUGCAAGGGCCUCGGCGGGAUAAAACUGGUUGGCGAUGCCAGGUGGAUGGGAGCAAACUUCAGAAGGAAGAAGAGACGCCUGGGCCCUGGGCACCCUCAGGGGCAGACCCAGGCAGAGAGGGCCUGAGGCCAGCCGGCCAGGGUAGCAGCGUGGCAGCUGGCGCCGCCAGGAUCUGCGUAAGAAAGCCGCGAGUGUUCUGCAGGCUGCGAGCGACUCCCCGGCGAUGCCUCACAACUCGAUCAGAUCCGGGCCAGGGUGUACUCAGGGAAGGACCCCUAGGGUCCAGGCUGGCGAGCGUGGUGGACGACCGCCACCCAGUCGCACCGCCAGUGAGGACAGCUGGCGGAGGCGCGACUCGGCCCGCAGUGAUGAAUGGAGCCAGGUCGGGUGCGAGGAAAGCGAUUUAUGGGGCCAGGGCGCAUCGCGAUCGAUUUGGGCCGGCCAAUGAGGCCCGAGCGAUCUCAGCUGCCCUGGCCGACCUGGGGCAGCUUCAGGGACUGCGGCGUGGAGCUCCCCGCACUUCCCUGGAGCCGCCAGUGAAGCUGCCUGGCACCCCUGAUCCCGCUGCUCCUGGAGAUGCAGCGAGCCCCGUCUCACCCAACACUUACCACCUGGUUCUGACAAUUGUCCCUGACAAUCCUGUCUUUUUAGGCCAUGGAGGGCUGAAUCAGCUAGGAGGGGCUUUUGUGAACGGCAGGCCCCUGCCGGAAGUUGUCCGUCAACGUAUUGUGGACCUGGCCCACCAGGGCGUAAGGCCCUGUGAUAUCUCUCGCCAGCUACGUGUCAGCCAUGGCUGUGUCAGCAAGAUCCUUGGCAGGUACUACGAGACUGGCAGCAUCCGGCCUGGAGUGAUAGGGGGCUCCAAGCCCAAGGUGGCCACCCCCAAGGUGGUGGAGAAGAUAGGGGACUACAAGCGGCAGAACCCUACCAUGUUUGCUUGGGAGAUCCGGGACCGGCUCCUGGCAGAAGGCGUUUGUGACAACGACACUGUACCCAGUGUCAGCUCCAUCAACAGAAUCAUCAGAACCAAAGUGCAGCAACCAUUCAACCUUCCCAUGGACAGCUGUGUGGCCACCAAGUCUCUGAGCCCAGGACACACACUAAUCCCCAGCUCAGCUGUAACACCCCCAGAGUCACCCCAGUCGGAUUCCUUGGGCUCUACCUACUCUAUCAACGGGCUCCUGGGAAUUGCUCAGCCUGGCAGUGACAACAAGAGAAAAAUGGAUGACAGUGACCAGGACAGCUGUCGGCUGAGCAUCGACUCACAGAGCAGCAGCAGUGGUCCCCGAAAGCACCUUCGGACAGACGCCUUCAGCCAGCACCACCUGGAGCCGCUUGACUGCCCGUUUGAGCGGCAGCACUACUCGGAGGCCUAUGCCUCCCCCAGCCACACCAAAGGCGAGCAGGGGCUGUACCCACUGCCCUUACUCAACAGUGCCCUGGAUGAUGGGAAGGCCACCCUGACACCUUCCAAUACACCCCUGGGACGCAACCUCUCGACUCACCAGACCUACCCGGUGGUGGCAGAUCCUCAUUCACCCUUCGCCAUAAAGCAGGAAACCCCAGAGCUCUCCAGUUCUAGCUCCACCCCUUCCUCUUUAUCUAGCUCCGCCUUUUUGGAUCUGCAGCAAGUCGGCUCUGGGGGCCCAGCAGGUGCCUCGGUCCCACCCUUCAAUGCCUUUCCCCAUGCUGCCUCGGUGUACGGGCAGUUCACGGGCCAGGCCCUCCUCUCAGGGCGAGAGAUGGUGGGGCCCACGCUGCCUGGAUACCCACCCCAUAUCCCCACCAGUGGACAGGGCAGCUAUGCCUCUUCUGCUAUCGCAGGCAUGGUGGCAGGAAGUGAAUAUUCUGGCAAUGCCUACAGCCACACCCCCUACUCCUCCUACAGCGAGGCCUGGCGCUUCCCCAACUCCAGCCUGCUGAGUUCCCCAUAUUAUUACAGUUCUACAACAAGGCCAAGUGCACCGCCCACCUCUGCUACGGCCUUUGACCAUCUGUAG